UAAUUAAUCUCUACGCUUCUCUCUCUGCAAUUACUCUUUAAGAGCACUUCUCUCUAGAAUAUUGAGUAUUGCUGACUUGAGCGUUGGAGUGUUUUCCCCGAGGAAACAUCCUCGGGAUUUUCAGGUGUAGAAGCAGCUGAAGACUUCAACAGCGUUGGAUUGUGAAGCUGCCCAAACAUUUGGCGCCGUCUGUGGGAAACUGAACAAGAAGUUGUGUAACUUAACCUGCUGAAAGACGAAAUGGUUCGAACUUUUACAGGAGGUCGCCCCCCGAGGAAUGAGAUGGACGAACAGGAUGACGCUCAAGUAUCUGAGCCCGGACUGAAUGACUUUAGGCCAAUGCCAAGAAACCUUUUCGUCGGAGGAGCCGAACAGGAUCACCUGAGUGAAACAGAUGACGAAAGAACACCAACUGGGUCCACAGAACCUGCUCGGACGACCGAGCUCGAAGAAAGAACCAGAGUUCUCGAAAUGGCAAUGGGAAAAAUCCUUGCCCGUCUGAUUCCUGAUGACCCCCUGAUUCCUUUGUUGAACAGGGAUGCACAGCCAGCUGCGGUUGUUGCAACUCGAAACUCCCCUGCUCUAAGCAACAUAGUGGUGCCGACCAGGCCAAGGGGAAGUGGAAAGCUAAAUAUCGAGCACAGCUCAUCCAAGCACAGCGAAGAACUGUUGAAGAAGAACGCAGACCUUGAAAGGCAGCUAAGAGAGGUACAAAAGUCUAUAGACGAACUGAAAAGCCCCAGGUCGUAUCAGCAAACUCUUGAUUUAGAUAGCGCCCCAUUGAACCUAUCCAUCACAGCAGAACCAUAUCAAGAGGGAUUUAAAAUUCCCCAUUUAGAGACGUAUGAUGGCUCGGGCGACCCGGACGAGCAUCUGCACACUUAUCAAGCCAUCAUGAGAAUACAAAACGCCAAUGAUGCCAUGAUGUGCAAAGUGUUCCCAGCAACACUUAAAACAACAGCCAGGAGAUGGUAUCACAAACUCCCCAGACAUUCCAUAGACUCGUACUCCCAGCUCGCCAAGCUAUUCUCCAACAAGUUUGCGAGCCAAAGGGAAAUUAAACGCACGGCGACUGAACUGAUGCAGGUUCAUCAAAAAGAGGGGGAGUCGUUGAGAGACUACAUGCAACGAUUCAACAAAGCUACUUUGGACAUUGAUAACGUCCCCGAUACCAUUUGCUUAUCUGCCUUGUUGCAUGGCCUGAAGCCUGGUCAGUUUUUGGACGACCUGCUGGAGAAUCCGCCCAAGUCAUGGAAUGAAGUAAAUGACAGGUCGGCAAGCUUCAUAUUGUCUGAAGAUUUUCAAUCUUCUAAGAGACGAGCUGAUGACAGACACGGAAAAGAAUCCAAGCAACCUGAAAGCAGAGAUGACAAGAAGAAGCAGAAGGUUGGCGAGCAGAGAGGGAAACCACCCUCUUAUCCAAAAUAUGACAGCUACAUGCCCCUGAGCUCGUCGCGAUCCCAGAUAUUGUCGCAGAUACAGCAUUGGGUCAAGAGACCCCCUCCACAAACGCAUGAUUCUUCACGAGCUGACAGAAGCAAAUACUGCGACUAUCACCGUGUCUACGGCCAUAUCACAGAAGAUUGUCAGAGCCUGAAGGACGAGCUCGAAUUUUUGGCUCGUAAUGGAAAAUUGGAGGGGUAUGUGCAGAAGCCUUUUGUUCGGCAACCCACCCAGACCCAUUUUGUACAAGAAUACGGCCGGCCUCAAGCACCUGGGUAUCAGCUCGGUAGCAAUCCAAAUUCUUACCAGGCCGGCCCGUACUCAUUUGAGCCGACCAGAGCAUACAGGGGACGCCCGUUCAAUAGGCGUGGGCAAGGACAAAAGGCACCUACGCAGAAUCAAAAAGACCACAGAGGAGUCGGGUAUGGUGGAAUACCCCCGCCAUCUGGCACAAUCAACAUGAUCUCUGGUGGUAUACAUGCAGGAGGUCAAAGCGCCCGAGCUCGCAAAGCGUACGCUCGCCAGGUGAUGACAGUGAAUAAGAACCGACCUCUUAAACGUCCAUUUGAGGAGGCAGAGUGGGAGAAUGCGGCCAUAAUGUUUAGCCCGACAGAUUACCAGCGAGCAGGAGAGCCUGACGUCGUGAUGCCUCAUGCGGAUCCUUUUGUAGCAACAGUCCAUAUAGGCAACCAUAACGUCAAUAAGGUCUUCAUUGACACUGGGAGCUCGCCGGAUAUCCUGUAUUGGAGUUGCUUUCAAAAGAUGCAAUUGAACCCUAACUCGUUACAAAAAUAUGAAGGGCCUAUCUACGGGUUCGACAACCAACCCGUUCCGGUGGAGGGAGUAAUUACGCUUCCCAUUUACGUGGGCUCAGAACCACGCUUCAGGAUGGCUUCAGCGUUUGACGAGCUUAAGCAAUAUCUAACAUCUGCACCCCUGCUGUCUAAACCUGUGGAAGGGGAGAGUCUAUACCUGUAUAUGGGAGUUACAGGAGAGGCAGUGAGCUCCGUUUUACUCAGGGAAGAGAAUAAGAAUCAAAAACCUAUCUGCUACGUGAGCAAGGUUUUACAAGGUGCAGAGCAGAACUAUCCAUUAGCAGAAAAGGCGGCAUUUGCCCUGGUGUACACAGCUCGUAAGUUGAGGGCUUAUUUCCAAUCACACCAGAUUGUUGUCUAUACCGAUUUGCCGUUGAGAAAAAUACUGCAGAAACUUGAACUCUCAGGUCGGCUUGUUGGAUGGAGCAUCGAGCUGAGCGAAUAUGACCUCAAAUUUCAGCCGCGCACAACCAUAAAAGGUCAGGCCGUCGCGGACUUUCUGGUGGAGUGCAUCUCAGCGACAAAGGAAGAAAAAGGACCUGAACACCCUGUCUGGGUUUUAUAUGUUGAUGGAGCAGCUAACAUAGAGGGAUCAGGUGCUGGAGCUGUGUUAGUGGGCCCAGAUGGCUUUAAGUCUGAGCACGCACUAAGGUUUAAGUUUCAGACGACUAAUAACGCUGCAGAAUAUGAAGCCCUCAUUUACGGACUAAAGGUGGCAUCCGAGCUGAAGGUACAAAGCAUUCAGGUCUUUAGUGACUCUCAGCUCGUGGUAGGCCAAGUCAAUGGCAGCUGUGAGAUCAGGGACCCCCAACUCGGCCGUUAUGCCUUUGUGGUCAACAGACUGAAGUCAAUGUUUGUUCUUUUCCAAAUUGAUAAAAUACCCAGAGCAGAUAACCACCGAGCCGACAAGAUGUCCAAGUUGGCCUCCUCGCAGGACAUUAACCCUCAGAGGUCAACAAUUGUCGAGAUACUUGACGCCCCAAGCUACACCGAUCUCGCAACCGAAUGUCAGCUAUUGAGUACAGACCCCUCUACACCGAGCUGGACCACCCCGCUAAUAAGUUAUUUACAAAGUGGCGAGCUACCUGAAGACAAGUCCGAUGCAAAGCUGGUUAGACGUAGGGCGGCACAUUUCACUCUGAUAGACAACCAGCUCUACAAACGAGCAGCCUCAAUGCCCCUAUUACGCUGCCUUACUCCUUAUGAAGCUGAAUACGCUGUGAGAGAAGUCCACGAAGGAGUAUGUGGCACGCACAUCGGUGGCAAGACUUUAGCUCGGAAACUCCUAAGACAUGGGUAUUACUGGCCCACUAUGAUCGAGGACGCGCAAAGCUAUGUCAAAAAGUGCACGACCUGCCAGUUCAAUGCUGAUGAUAUUCACAUGCCAGGGGAAAUGCUAUCAUCUCUUACGUCUCCCUGGCCCUUUGCUCAAUGGGGUGUCGACCUGCUCGGCCCUUUCGUCAAAGGUAAAGGAGGCUGCACUUUCCUGGUCGUUGCGGUAGAUUACUUCACUAAAUGGAUAGAAGCUAAACCAUUGUCCACGACAACAGAAAAGAAGAUAGAAGAAUUCUUAUUCAAUUCAAUAUUGUGCAGGUUUGGCAUACCUCAGCGGAUUAUUGCUGAUAAUGGGCCCCAGUUCCGAGCAGCAACACUGAGAUCGUUCUGCAAGGACUAUGGCAUUGAGCUCUCCUUAACAUCUGUGUACACUCCGCAGUCAAAUGGACAGGCCGAGUCUGCCAAUAAAAUCGUUUUGCGAGGCCUCAAGACGCGCGUUAUAACCGCGCGUUCUAAUUGGGUCGAUGAGCUCAAUAAAGUACUUUGGUCAUGUCGUACGACACCCAGCUCGGCCACGGGCGAAACUCCGUUCAGCCUGGCAUAUGGAGCCGAGGCCGUCAUCCCUGUCGAAGUCGGUCUACCAUCUGUUAAAUCAGAUCAUCAGGAUGAUCAGAAUAACGGGCAACUCCUAAGAGAAAACCUAGACCUAGUGGAGGAAGUCAGGGAAAUGGCUCGAAUUAGGAACAUGGCACACCAAAGCCGUGUGGCAAAGUUUUAUUACAAGAGAGUUCGAGCUCGACAGUUUCAGCUCGGCGAUCUGGUUCUCCGCAAAGCUGGAUUAACCAAUGCCUAUUCGCAUAUGGGCAAGCUCGCCCCUAAUUGGGAAGGCCCUUAUAUGGUUAUUAAUAUUAAACGACCUGGGUGUUAUCAAUUAGCAGAUUUACAAGGUCGUCCGUUGUCGUUCAUAUGGAACAUACACAAUCUUAGAAAGUUUUAUAGUUAACGUGUAUAUUAUUAAUGCUCAGGUCGUUACUGAUCAUUUGUAAACAGUGACUUAUUGAACAUUCAACACAGGAGUUUCAGAACAAAAGACUUGAAUUUGUAUUUCAUCAAUGAAAUUUUACAAGUGUA